AUGUUCACUUUCUUUCUGGUGACAUUUUUUCUUGGUCUUUGCGAAUAUUCAAGUGCGUCAAGAUAAUUUUUGAAACUUGAAAAGUUCUAAUAGGAAAGACCUGUAAUUGGUAUUGUGACAGUUCCAGGUUAGAAAGAAUCUUUUACAGACCUCGGUAAAACUUAGUACAUUUUUGAAAUGAAUGAAGUAUUCAUGAGUAAAUAGGACAUAGACUCAGUAUUCAUCCCUUACAACAUUAAUGAUAAGGAUCUCUAUGAAGUAUUGUAAAAAAUUAAUGGGGUGUUUUUCACAGGAGGUGAUGUAGAUCUUUACGAUGAAAAGACAGGAGAACUUCACAUUUAUACAAUCACAUCUUAGAAAAUUUUUCAUUAUGCCCUCAAUUAAACUGAUAAUGGAGACUACUAUCCUAUAAUUGGUAUCUGCUAGGGAAUAGAACUUCUUCAUAUUAUUGUUGCCAACAAUACCUAAGCUCUAGGGUGGUCAAAAUACGAAAAUAAGAGAGCUAAUACUCAAAUAAAUCAUCACUUAUUCAAUUCUAGCAGAUUGCUGCAAUCUUUAACUAGUGAAGUUUUGCAUACUAUUCAAUAGAGAGACAUUUUAUAUCACUUGCAUCAUAGAGGCAUUCCUGUUAAGGAUUACGAAAGAUUUGAAAAACUUGCAGAUUUUUUCCACAUCCUAUCAACUAAUAUUUUCGAGGAUUAAGAAAUAGUGUCAACAGCAGAGGCUAAGAACUAUCCAAUCUACGUUUUCUAAUAUCAUCCAGAAGUAGUCUACGAACCUACUCCCGAUAUCAAUUCUGACAAAAGUAGACAUUCAGUCACUUUUGCCCAUUAGCUAACUAGUUUCUUUAAAGCGGAGUUAUUGAAAAAUAACCACAGAUUUGAAAGUGAAGAAGACAUUGAUUAGAUAAGGGUAAGAAAUGGGUUUAAAGGAAAGACUAGUUAUGUCUAAGACUUUGCAAACACUUUUGGAUUUGAUUAUUGA